UCUCCGGCAAUUAGUGGAGUGAGUAAAGAGUCGGACGGUGCGCGUCCUCCCAAUGACACGCUAAGAUAAGUCCUGCUCUCGUCUGUGGCGAUUCCUCUGCCAUCUGCGACUGUUACAAACAUGGGAUUUGAGCUGGAUCGCUUCAAGGGUGCGGUGGACCCAGAUUUUAAAUGCAACUUGUGCAACAAAGUUUUGGAGGAUCCGCUGACUACUCCGUGCGGUCACGUCUUCUGCGCCGCCUGCGUGCUGCCUUGGGUCGUUCAGCAGAGCAGCUGCCCCGUCAAGUGCCAAAGGAUCUCCACCAAGGAGCUGAACCACGUCCUGCCGCUGCGGAACCUCAUUCUCAAGCUGGACAUAAAGUGUGACAACCAUGCCAGGGGCUGCGAGAAAGUGGUGAAGCUGCAACAUCUUGCGGAGCACGCCGAGAUGUGCGAUUACUCGCCCGCUAAGUGCAGGAAUAAGGGAUGCAGCGAAGUGCUGAACCUAAAGGACAUGGACUCCCACAUGCGGGAGAGCUGCGACUACAGAGCCGUGGGCAUCUGCGAGAAGGGCUGCGGCUUGAUGCUGACCCACAGGGAACAGCGAUCGGACGGCCACUGCUGCCUCAAAGCGCUUAAAGUCAGCAACGGGGCGCUUCAGGCCAAAGUGCUGAGUCUGGACAAGGAGGUGAAGAAGCAGGCGCUGAGGUCCAGCAAGAGGGAGAAGGCGCUAGUGGCACAGCUCUCCGCCGUGCACAACGAACUGCAGAUGACAGCGCUCAAGUACCAGAAGAAGUUCACCGAGUACAGUGCCAGGAUCGCCUCCCUCACCAAGAGCCUGUCUCCCCCCUAUAAGGUGGGAGAAACCAUCAGCAUCAAAGCCGUCCUGCAUCGGGAGUCGGGGUCCCUGGGAUUCAAUAUCGUCGGCGGUGGCAGACCCUGUGGGGAGGAGGGCGGCUCCAGCGAGGGCAUCUUCGUGUCCAAGAUUGUGGAAAAUGGCCCCGUGGACAAAGAUGGAGGACUUCAGAUCCACGACCGGAUCAUGGAGGUCAAUGGGAAGGACCUGUCUAAAGCCUCCCAUGAGCAGGCAGUAGAGGCCUUCCGCACAGCCAGCGAGCCUAUCGUGGUACAGGUGCUGCGUCGCGCUCCACGUCCCAAGACCAUGGUCUCGCCCCCGGACGCCCAGGUGGCAGACAGCAGCACGCAGACAGAUAUCACCUUCCAGCACAUCAUGACCCUCAGCAAGCAGCCGGCAGCCUCACCGGUGGGGGUGUUGGAACAGUAUCUGCUGCCAGAGGAACACUCGCCGAGGCAUGAAUUCUUCGACCCCGGUGACUUCCUGGAAGGCAUGCGACAGGAAAUGGAUCGAGAGGAGCUGGAGUAUGAGGAAGUGGAUUUGUACAGAAUCAAUAGCCAGGACAAGUUGGGACUGACCGUUUGCUACAGGACUGACGAUGAAGACGAAACCGGGAUCUAUGUGAGCGAGAUUGAUCCAAACAGCAUUGCUGCAAAAGAUGGCAGGAUCCAGGAAGGAGACCGCAUCAUCCAGAUCAACGGUGUGGAGAUCCAGAACCGAGAGGAGGCCGUGGCACUGCUGACCAGCGAGGAGAACAAGAACGUGUGUCUUUUGGUGGCCCGGCCAGAGAUCCAGCUGGACGAAGGAUGGAUGGAUGAUGACAGGAACGAUUUCCUGGAUGACUUACACAUGGACAUGUUGGAACAGCAGCACCAUCAGGCAAUGCAGUUCACAGCCAGCAUGCUCCAUCAGAAGAAGCGUGAAGAAGACGGUGGGACCACAGAUACGGCGACCCUCCUGUCCAAUCAGCAUGAGAAGGACAGCGGGUUGGGCCGCACGGACGAGAGCACGCGCAACGAUGAGAGCUCGGAGCAGGAGAACCUGGCUGACGACCAGACCACCUCAUCCAACACGCUGGGCAGCCGCAAGCAACUCGCCUACAGUCAGGACACGCUGGGCAGCGGGGACACGCCCUUCAGCAACGAGUCCUUCAUCUCCGCCGACUAUGCCGAUACUGAUUUCCUGGGCAUUCCUGCCGACGAGUGUGAGCGCUUCCGGGAGCUUCUGGAGCUGAAGUGCCGAGCACGGAGCGGCAGGCAGCCCGGUCCGUACCAGCCCGGUGCCGACCCAGAGGGUGUGGACAAGGAGCUGGAGCUGCUCAAUGAGGAGUUGCGCAGCAUUGAGCUGGAGUGCCUGAGCAUCGCCAGGUCGCAUCGCAUGCAGCAGUUACGCGAGCCCUGGAUGCUACACAACAGUGGCUUCCGCAACUACAACACCAGCAUCGACGCCCGGCGCCACGAGCUGUCAGACAUCACCGAGCUGCCCGAGAAGUCGGACAAGGACAGCUCCAGCGCCUACAACACGGGUGAGAGUUGCCGCAGCACACCACUCACACUAGAGCUGUCACCUGACAACUCGCUGCGCCGCGGUGCCGAGCCACGCGGGCCGGGCAGCCGCACGUCCAGGCCGCUGCUGUCUCCCGUCCGCGAGGCGGGUCCAGCCCGUGUUCGCCAGUCCCUCUCGCCUAAAGAAGCUGAGGCUAGCACGCAACCAGAGGCUAGAGAGCGCCGACCGGCCAAGGGUCCAGUGGCACCGCACUCCCCGUACAAACACGCCCACAUUCCAGACCAUGCCCAGCACUACCAGAGCUACAUGCAACUGAUCCAGCAGAAGUCGGCCGUGGAGUACGCCCAGAGCCAGGUGAGCCUGCUGAGCGCGUGCAGGGACGCCAUGGCGGGGGCAGGAGGCGGAGGAGGAGGUGUUGGGGAGUCCGACCCCAAGGCCGAGUGGAAGGUGAAGAUCCGCAGUGAUGGGACGCGCUACAUCACCAAGCGCCCCGUGCGCGACCGGCUACUUCGUGAACGGGCCCUGCGCAUCCGCGAGGAGCGAAGCGGCAUGACCACGGACGACGACGCCGCCAGCGAGAUGAAGAUGGGCCGCUAUUGGAGCAAGGAGGAACGCAAGCAGCAUGCCGUGCGUGCCAAGGAGCAGCGGCAGCGGAGGGAGCUUAUGAAGCAAAGCCGGCUGGACGUCCCACGCGGUGGGGAGCCGGGCGCCGCCGAGGACAAGAAGGAGUUGAGCAUCAUCGAGCUGAGCCACCGCAAGAUGAUGAAGAAGAGGAGCAAGAAGAUCUUCGAUAACUGGAUGACUAUCCAGGAGCUGCUCACUCACGGCACCAAGUCUCCGGACGGAACAAGAGUCUACAACUCCCUGCUGUCUGUCACGACCGUUUAGGCGGGCAGCCCCAGUGGUGUGCUGUAAAUAGGACUCUACCGCUUGGGGUAGAAAUUCCUGCCUCGUUCAAUGUGGCAACCUUGUAAAUAUGAAAUGGGAGGAGGAGCGUAUUCUGAAGGAACUCGAAAGGGCUGCGAUGUGGCGUUUUCAUUGCUGAAGGUAAUGCCAACAACAAAAGGAUUUCACAGGCUUUCAGUAAUCUUUGUACCUUUGUACCGGUUGUUCUCAAAGAUAUGUAUAAGCAAAAAAACAAGACAAAAAAAUGCUGUUACAACUUCUAUUGCCUUUGAAAGGUUUCGCGACUGUGGAAUGGCCAUCUGCUCUGAGUAACAAGCACCAAAACAUCGUUUUUUUUUUUUGUUUUUUUUUUUUUUUUAAACAAGCAUCAUUAAUCAGUAUUUUAUUGUUUAUCCAUAUGUUUUGUUUAUUGAAUAUGAAACGCUAUUUAGCUUCGGAGUUAAAGCAGAGUCCUUUUUUGGAAAAAUAUUUCUGAAUUUUGCAAAAUAAAACAGCCUUUCUGGUUUGUAUGAAACAUUCCAGAAUAAAGGAAGUUGUUUCAUUCUGCAGCUUGCUCCAGCCGGCUCCGACUGACAUAACAUAAACCAUUUGUGCACGGACAGGGGCGGCCUAACAUCUGUCUCCUGUCUGUUAAAGUCCAAACGUUUAUCCAUGCAUCUGUUAGACAUCAUGUAGCAUUUUUCACUUAGAAAACAAUCUGUUGUCCUGUAAAAUGAGAAUAAAUUAUUUAAUGUUGUCGAAA